AUGGUGACAACAACAGAUCCCACUUCUGGUAGCUCUACAGGCACUGGAAGUACCACCAACUCUGGAACUGAUCACAAUCAUCUUUUCUAUCUUCAUGCUUCAGAUUCUCCAGGAAUGAAUCUUGUUAACUCACCCUUUAAUGGGAAAGGUUAUGGUGGAUGGAGGAGAUCAAUCUUAAUAGCUUUUUCAGCUAAGAAUAAGGUUGGGUUCAUUGAUGGUACUCACAAAGAACCAACUUCGAUAUCACCAGAUUUCAAGCUAUGGAACAGAUGCAAUGAUAUGGUUCUGUCAUGGCUGCUCAACUCUCUUUCAAAAGAGAUAGCUGACAGUGUUAUCUACUCCAAGACAGCCAAGGAUCUAUGGAAAGAACUUGAGGAUAGAUUUGGCCAGUCCAAUGGAGCACAACUCUAUCACCUGCAAAAGGAGUUGAGUGACUUGGUGCAGGUUCAAAUGACAUUGCUGGCUAUUUCACAAAGAUCAAAAGUCUCUGGGACGAGCUUGAUGCUUUGA